AUGGGAGGAGAUUUGGUGAUAAGCACCCCGUGGUUGAGGACCCCGCGAGCUUAUAUUGUGGAUUACGACGCUGCUUUUUUUUGUUUUUGGCAUGAGGGACAGUUUGUGACAGUGCAUGUUUUUGCUCAACCCAAGGGACUGCCACUUCAACGGGCGCAUGAUCAUUCGAUUCCUCUGACUAAGGGUGCCGAACCGGUCAAGGUGCGGUCAUACCGAGCCUUGAAUAAAAUUACUAUCAAAGAUAGCUUCCCAAUCCCAGCUGUGGAUGAGUUUCUUGAUGAACUAUUUGGUGCUGCUAUUUUUUCUAAACUUGAUUUACGGUCCGAGUAUCAUCAAAUCUUGUUGACACCCGAGGAUAGGCACAAGACAGCCUUUCGCACCCACCAAGGCCUUUACGAGUGGCUUGUAAUGUCGUUUGGACUUACCAAUGCCCCAACGACCUUCCAACAUUUGAUGAAUGAUGUCUUUCGGCCUCACUUAUGGAAAUUUGUACUUGUAUUCUUUGAUGAUAUUUUGGUUUAUAGUUCUUCUUGGGCAUUGCACCUACAACACCUUGAGAUGGUCUUAAAAAUUCUACAACGGGAGUGUUUAUUUGCCAAGCUCUCUAAAUGCCUUUUUGGCAUGGUAGAAAUCGAUUAUCUGGGGCAUACUAUUUCCAGAAAUGGAGUGCACAUGAAGCAAGCCAAAGUGAAGGGUUAUGCGACUUUGGCAGCACCCCUUACCGACCUAUUAAAGAAAGAUGCUUUUCUAUGGAGCACUGAAGCAUCAGCGGCUUUCCAAUAUCUCAAGGAUACUAUUAUUUCCCAACCUGUGCUAGCACUACCCAAUUUUGAGUUGCCUUUCGAGUUAGAGACGGAUGCCUCGGGGAUAGGCAUUAGUGCGGUUCUGAAGCAAGAGAAGCACCCAAUUGCUUAUUUUUCAAAAAAACUGUCCUCCACUAUGCAGCAACAAUCAACUUAUGUCAGGGAGUUUUAUGCAAUUACAGAGGCAGUGGCUAAAUUUCGACACAUUAGGGAGGCACUUCAUUAUCCUCUUGGAUCAGCAAAGUUUAACCAAACAUUGCAUACACCAGAACAGCAGAAAUGGCUCCACAAGUUAUUGGGUUUUGAUUUCGAAAUUCAAUAUAAAUCAGGCCGGGAGAAUGUUGCAGCUGAUGCUCUUUCGCGGCAAAAUCCUCAAGGUGAAGGUAAUUACUCUUCAAGGAAUGGUCUUCUUCUUUGGAGGAACAGGGUUGUUAUUCCUUUAGGUAGUAACUUGAUCAAGAUUUUUUUAAAGGAAUACCAUGAUAGUACUGUGCCAUUUGUCAAUAAGCCAAAACCGAAGCGAAGCAGCCGGCUGGUUUAUUGCGAUAGGCUCUCUAAAUUUGUUUAUUUCAUUGUGCUGAAACGUGAUUUUGAUAGUAGGACAGUGGCUGAAGCUUUCAUAGGAAACGUGGUUAAAUUGCAUGGGUUUCCUAACUCCAUAGUUUCAGACCAAGAUCACAUUUUCAUCAGCAAAUUUUGGCAGCAUCUAUUUAAGUUACAGAGCACUGAGUUAGGUAUGAGCUUUGCGUAUCACCCGCAAACUGAUGGCCAAAGCAAAGUUGUCAACAAAGCUCUGGAAAUGUACCUUAGAUGCUUUUGUUUCGACAACCCAAGUAAGUGGAAGGACUUACUUCCUUGGGCUCAAUUUUGGUACAACACAUCUUUCCACAGUAGCAUUAAGAUGUUGCCGUAUAAGGCCCUUUAUGGCCGGGAUCCCCCUUCAUUGAUUCGGUAUGAAGUGUCUUCUCAGGAUGAUCAAUCCUUGCAAGACAUUUUAUUGGAACGCGAUCGCAGUAUCGAGCAGCUGAAGUGCAACUUGGCCCGCUCACAACAAUUCAUGAAGCCUUUCGCUGACCGAAGACACCGACAUGUUACUUUCAAGGAGGGAGAUUGGGUGUUAGUUAAGCUACAACCGUAUCGGCAACAUUCGGUCGCUCUACGGAACACUCAGAAGCUUGGUAUGUGCUACUUCGGUCCGUUUCAAAUUGACAGGAAAAUUAAUGAAGUUGACUAUAAGCUAAAUUUACCACCAGAGGCCCGGAUACAUGAUGUAUUCCAUGUUUCAGCUCUUAAACCAUUUAGGGGUGAAAACCAUGACCAGUAUCUUCCUUUUUCGCUACAGACAUUGGAGAUUGGGCCGAUUCUCCAGCCUACUGAGAUCUUGGACAGCAGAACAGUUAUCAAAAAUGGGCACGAGGAACCCCAAGUGAAGAUUCGCUAG